UGCUUUCCCGCUUCAAUGCUUUAGCAAUCCCGUCUUCAAUACUUACAAGACCUUUGCAUCUGUCCGGACGUUGUCCAUCGUCUUACAUCUUCUUGCAGCGCCGCGAGCGUGCUUUUUGUCGACUCGUAGCCAUGCCGUCCAAGCAGGCUACCCUUGGAAAGUUCUUUGGGAAGAACGGGACCGCGCCCAAGACGCAGCAGUCGAAGCUUUCGUUUGCGACAAAGGCGAAGCCGGAGAAGAAUGAUGUUGAGUCGAAAGACGAACCAGAUUCCUCAUCGGAGGAGGUGAAGAAGGAAGUCGAGCCCAAGGAAGAGCCAGAGUCGUCGGCAGAUACGGUGAAGGAAAACGGCGACACCGCUGCUGGAGCAGAAGAGAAGGAAGAGGCUAAUGGAGACGUUAUGGAGGUUGAUAGCAGCCCUCCAGCUGAGGCAGGCAAGAAGAGACAUGUCGAAGAGGAAGAGGAGGAUUCAGACGAUGCACCGCCCACAAAGAGGGCGCGUGGAAGACCGGCCAAGGCUGCACCAGCAAAGAAGGGAAAGGAAGGCCCAAAGAAGGCGGAGAAGCCUACUGCGAAGGCCACCAAGAAGACGAAGGUUGUAGAUCCCGAGGAGAACGAGGAAGAAGAGGAGAUAGCCGCGCCUGCUAAGGUUGUCAAAGACAAGAAAAACGAGCUGGAGAAGACGCCGCCGAAAGAAGAACCGGCUUCAAGCGCAUCCGACGAGGACGUGGUGAGCUCGGACGAAGAGCCUCCAGAGGUUGCAAAGAAAGCGCGAGAGAAGGUCCAGAGCGCGCUGAAAGGUGCUUCAAAAGGCGCGACCAAGGACGCGUAUCCUGACUGGAAACCCGGAGAGCCAGUCCCGUACGCAGCGCUCUGCACCACUUUCUCAAAGAUUGAGAUGACAACAAAGCGAUUGGAAAUUAUGGCACACUGCUCGUUGUUCCUGCGACAGGUUCUUCGCCUCACGCCGCAGGAUCUGCUGCCGACAAUUCUCCUCAUGAUCAACAAACUCGCAGCAGACUACGCUGGUAUUGAACUAGGCAUUGGCGAGUCGCUCAUCAUGAAGGCCAUCUCCGAAAGCACAGGACGAAGUUUACAGCAUAUCAAGAAUGAACAAAAUGAGAUUGGCGACUUGGGUCUUGUGGCAGCGAAGAGUCGGUCGAAGCAGCCUACCAUGUUCAAGCCGAAGGCUCUGACUGUUGCAGGCGUGCACAAGGGCUUGAUGGCAAUUGCGACCAUAGAAGGACAAGGUGCUCAGGGCCGAAAAGUUGAUGGGAUCAAAAAGCUGCUGUCUGCUGCAGAUGCCCACAACGCAGGUAAGGCUAUUGACAUCGAAGAGAACAAAGGCGGAGCCAGUGAGGCCAAGUUCAUCGUACGGACACUCGAGGGUAAGCUUCGACUUGGUCUUGCCGAAAGGACGGUAGUAGUUGCCCUUUCCCAAGCAAUGAAGUUCCACGAGAUGUCACAGGACGACAAAAUCCCAUCCACGACAGACCUUGCUUCAGCCGAGACCAUACUCAAGUCUGUCUACAGUGAGCUCCCAAGUUACGAGGUCAUCAUUCCCGCGAUGCUUGAGCAUGGGUUAAGCAAGCUUAAAGACAAAUGCCAACUGCAACCUGGUGUUCCUCUCAAGCCCAUGUUGGCAAAGCCGACAAAAUCCAUCACGGAGGUUCUUGAUCGCUUCGAAGGCAAAGACUUCACCUGCGAAUACAAAUACGACGGCGAGCGCGCACAGAUACAUUUUGUUGCGCACGACGCUGCAAUGGAGAUGGCAACAGCUGCUCCUGCUGCUGGAAAGAGUGACAAAGGCGUAUCGAACAUCUUCUCUAGAAAUUCUGAAGACCUGUCGAAGAAGUAUCCAGAUAUCCUUGCCAAGCUUCCGACAUGGGUCAAGGAAGGCACGAAGAGCUUCGUGCUGGAUUGUGAAACGGUGGCUUGGGACAUCAACGAGAAGAAGGUCUUGCCUUUCCAGCAAUUGCAGACACGUAAGAGAAAGGAUGUCAAAGCUGAAGACAUUACUGUCAAAGUUUGCGUAUUUGCCUUUGAUAUUCUCUAUCUGAACGGUGAGGCGCUCGUGAACAAGUCUCUCCGGGAACGCCGAGAACAUCUGCUUAGUGCGUUCAAGACCGUAGAAGGCGAAUUUGCCUUCGCUAAAUUUGGCAAUACCAACGAGCUUGAAGAAAUCCAGGUCCUUCUGGAAGAGUCCGUAAAAUCGGGAUGCGAAGGCCUGAUGGUGAAGAUGUUGGACGGGCAAGAAUCCUCCUACGAGCCCAGCAAACGGUCUCAAAAUUGGCUCAAGGUCAAGAAAGACUACCUCGCUGGCGUCGGCGACUCUCUCGACCUCGUCGUGCUGGGCGCAUACUACGGCAAAGGCAAGCGCACAAGCUGGUACGGAGCCUUCCUGCUCGCAUGCUACAACCCAGGAACCGAGAAGUACGAAACCGUCUGCAACAUCGGCACAGGCUUCUCCGAAGCUAUCCUAGAAACGCUGCACAAGCAAUUAUCCGAGAUCGUUAUUGCGCGCCCAAAGCCGUUCUAUACGCACAGCUCCGGCAACAAGGACCAGCCGGACGUGUGGUUUGAGCCGCGCUAUGUGUGGGAGGUCAAGACUGCGGAUUUGACGCUGAGUCCGAGGUACAAGGCUGCGGCUGACGAGGUUGCGGGCGGUGGCAAGGGUGUUAGUUUGAGGUUCCCGCGGUUUAUCAAAGAGAGGGAGGAUAAGAAGCCCGAUAUGGCGAGUACGAGCCGUAUGAUUGCGGAGAUGUAUUCGAGGCAGGAGAGUGUGAGCAAGAACAAGGGCCCGAGUGUGGACGAUGACUUUGAGUAUUAGACAGACACGAUGCGUAGU